UCUCCUUCCCAUUCCAAGCGAAGAGACACAACAUGGCGGAUUAGGAACGGUGGCCGACGCGCUCGGAUACAGAGAAAAACAGGGAGAUCGUGAGAAUACUGCGCAUCGAGCAAACCAAGAGAGAAAGCUCCGCGGUCGGGAACGGACGCGGCACAUUGCAUAUUUUGGAGGGCAUCUCGGCUGCUUGAAAAGUGGUGUGGCGAAAGGUUGUGAUCUGCUGCCCGUCUCUAAAUUGGCUGUCUCUGCCGGAUCAUUCCAAUCGCCCCAGACCCCCCUCCCCAACCCACCCCGCACACUCGAUUCCUGGGGUGUGGAGAGUGGAGACAGGGGUUGGGGACGAGUGAGAGAGAAAAAUAAGCACGCUAUUGUUAAUAAAGGGAUUAUUGAAGACGGCACCCCGUGAACCUGGAGCCGUGGGGGACAAGGAGCUCACAGUGCGGAUGAGUGACUGAUGUCAACGUCGCCUCACAAGGGCAGCAUGGGUCUGUGUCCCCGGCUCCUGUUACUCAGUGUGGCCCUUGGGGCCCUCUGCUCAGCCCAGGACCCCGCUGCCCCUAUCGAUGACCCUGCCCCUGCCCCUACCAACAAUUCCACCACCACCCAGCCCCCCACUGCCCUCAGCGUCUCCCAGGCAACAACCCCCACCGCGGUGGCCGCCCCAACAACCGUCCCGACGGCGGCCCCUAACAACAGCGACGCAGGGGCGGCCCCCUCCCCAGCGCCGACUGAUAAACCCCUCCCCCCGGCAACCAGCGCCCCGCCCCCGGCAGCCACCGCCGCUACCGCCGCCGAUACCAAAGAGGGGGGCGACGAUGUCAUCACGCACACGUCGGCUCCGGCCCCGCCCCCUGUGGUGACCUCACUGAGGUCCCUCCCACCCGAGCCCUGGUACCCCACUACCCCCACAACCCUCGACCCAAAACGGUCCACCCCCGUCCCGGACGCGUCCACCCCGGACCCGUUCACGUCGGGCACCGGCGCGCCUGAAGGUGAUGACACAGGUGAUGGUGAUGACACAGACGACACGCCUGUCAUCGCUGUGAUGGUGGCGCUGUCCUCCCUGCUGGUUAUUGUGUUCAUCAUCAUUGUGCUGUACAUGCUGAGGUUUAAGAAGUACAAACAGGCCGGCAGCCACUCCAACUCAUUCAGACUGUCCAACGGCAGAGCCGACGACACAGAGCUCCAGAGCGUGCCGCUAUUGGCUCGCUCCCCCAGCACCAACAGGAAGUACCCGCCCCUUCCUGUGGACAAGCUGGAGGAGGAGAUGAACCGCCGCAUGGCUGACGACAACAAGCUCUUCCGGGAGGAGUUCAAUGCUCUCCCUGUCUGCCCUAUUCAGGCGUCAUGUGACGCAGCAUCGAAGGAGGAGAACAAGGAGAAGAACAGAUACGUCAACAUCCUUCCCUACGACCACUCCAGGGUCCACCUCACUUCACUGGACGGAGUCCCGGACUCUGACUUCAUCAACGCCUCCUACAUCAACGGAUACCAGGAAAAGAACAAGUUCAUUGCAGCCCAAGGACCGAAGGAGGAGACGGUGAACGACUUCUGGAGGAUGAUCUGGGAGCAGAACACGGCCACCAUCGUCAUGGUGACCAAUCUGAAGGAGAGGAAAGAGUCCAAGUGCGCUCAGUACUGGCCGGACCAAGGCUGCUGGACCUACGGAAACAUCCGGGUCUCGGUGGAGGACGUGACGGUUCUGGUGGACUACACCGUCCGCAAGUUCUGCAUCCAGCAGGUGGGGGACGUUUCGGGAAAGAAGCCCCAGCGCCUGGUCACCCAGUUCCACUUCACCAGCUGGCCCGACUUCGGCGUCCCCUUCACCCCCAUCGGCAUGCUGAAGUUCCUCAAGAAGGUGAAGAACUACAACCCCCAGUACGCCGGGGCCAUCGUGGUCCACUGCAGUGCGGGGGUGGGCCGGACCGGGACCUUCAUCGUGAUUGACGCCAUGUUGGACAUGAUGUCAUCCGAGAGGAAGGUGGACGUCUUCGGCUUCGUCACCCGAAUCCGAGCCCAGCGCUGUCAGAUGGUGCAGACAGAUAUGCAGUAUGUGUUCAUCUUCCAGGCCAUGCUGGAGCAUUACCUGUAUGGGGACACAGAGCUGGAGGUGACAUCACUGGAGUCUCACAUGGCCAAGCUGUACUCCCCCUCCCCAGGGGCGGGCUGUGGGGGGCUGGAGGCGGAGUUUAAGAAGCUCACCUCCAUCAAGAUCCAGAACGACAAGAUGAGGACCGGAAACCUGCCAGCCAACAUGAAGAAGAACCGCGUUCUACAAAUCAUUCCCUACGAGUUUAACAGGGUGAUCAUCCCGGUCAAGAGGGGGGAGGAGAACACGGAUUACGUGAACGCCUCCUUCAUAGACGGCUACCGGCAGAAGGACUCGUACAUGGCCAGCCAGGGCCCCCUGCAGCACACCAUCGAGGACUUCUGGAGGAUGAUCUGGGAGUGGAGGAGCUGCUCCAUCGUCAUGCUGACAGAGCUGGAGGAGAGGGGGCAGGAGAAGUGUGCUCAGUACUGGCCCAUUGAUGGUGCUAUGGUGUGUGGGGACAUAUCCAUUGAGCUGAAGAGGGAGGAGGAGAGUGAGAGUUACACGGUCAGAGACCUCCUCGUCACCAACAACAGGGAGAACAAGUCUCGCGCCGUGCGGCAGUUCCACUUCCACGGCUGGCCCGAGGUGGGCAUCCCGACCGACGGCAAGGGCAUGAUCAACAUCAUCGCCGCCGUGCAGAAGCAGCAGCAGCAAUCUGGCAACCACCCCAUCACCGUACACUGCAGCGCGGGGGCGGGGCGCACCGGAACCUUCUGUGCCCUGAGCACGGUGCUGGAGCGGGUGAAGGCCGAGGGCAUCCUGGACGUGUUCCAGACCGUCAAGAGCCUGCGACUGCAGAGGCCGCACAUGGUGCAGACACUGGAGCAGUACGAGUUCUGCUACAAAGUGGUCCAGGAGUACAUCGAUGCCUUUUCCGACUAUGCCAACUUCAAGUAAGGGAACCGACGGCCAGACUGACGGACGGACGGACAGACGGACAGACGCACACGAACAUCCAUCUCGGCACGGCUCGGCGGAGGGGGGGGGUGUGGGGGCGGACACACACCCCCCGGAAGAACGGAUGGAGAUAAAGGGAAGGACGGGUAUAGAACGGAGAGAUGGGACGGACAGGCGUCUGCGGAGGAGAAUAUCAAAGAUGCCUUCUUGAAAAUUUUGUAAAAUUGAUCUUGUUAAUACAGCCCCGCCCUCACUUUUUCCCAAUGUAAAUAUAUUGCCCCUGUUGGAGUUAUUUUUUAUUUUUUAUUUUUUUUUAGUUGCAGUUUGUUCUGUAAGGCUGCAGUUUAGGUGGUCAUGUACUAUGUAGCUUUUUGUUGGUAUAUAUAUAAAUAUAUAAAUAUAAAUAUAUUAUAUUUUAGAGGCUAAUGAGAAUAUGGAGUAAGGGGAAGGGUGUAGGGGCUUUUCAUUGUGGUGUUAUUGUUUUUUUGUUUUUUUUUGAGUGACCGAGACUUAAAUGAUUGACAGCUAAAUCUGGUUCAUGCUUGUAUCCAAAUAGCUGGUAGAUGAGACUCAAAUGUAAGUAACACAGAACGGGCCAAUCAUGAUCACGAAUCAUUUGACGGACACUGUCCUGUCAGCCGACCCCCACCCCACCCCACCCCACCCCACGUCAUAGCCAGUCACAACUCCUCCUUACCAAUAAGCAAGUCACUUUUUAGCCAAUCACGAUGACUUCUCACGAUAGGGGAGUCACUCAUUAGCUAAUCACGACUCCUCUGACCAAACUGCAGGAAGUCGUGGGUGCUGGUAAAGAUUUGCCAAAUGAAGUUACGCCGAUGGCACGGCAAGCCGCUAUCGCGCCGGUAACCUGGGGGGGGGGGGGCGUGGUGAGGGGGGGGGUUGUUUUUAGUAUUAGCCGCGCGGCAUAGCCAGUCGCCCGUGGGUUAAAACUCGCGGAAAACGGCGAGCUGAGCGGGAAAAUAAACACAAAAAAAACAAACAAAAAGAAAAGAGAACAGGAAGCACAGCGAUUCCCUCGCUCACGAGCGCCUACGCACUCAGGGAAACCGAAUCUCCGGACCGCCGGUGACCCACGAACCGCCGCGGCGUCGCGGAGACCAAUCGCACGCCUCUGCGUCCCGCCGCACGCCAGGGGGUCCGGUCAGCCGGCACAGCACCCCGUGCCAAAUUUGAAUUCAGUAUGCCCCGCCCAUUAUCCACUCUCAGAGAGAGCAGCCUUACCUGAGCAGCCGUGUCUUACCUGCAGAGCUGGACGUCGCAUCGCUGUCCUCCGCAGCUGAAAGAGAAAGAGCGCGGCUUUCGCUGGCUGACCUGCAGAGGGCGUGGCCUCCCGCCCAGAGACUGCGCGGAGGGAGAGGUGGAGGGAGUGUGUGAGAGGACGGGAUGAAGGAGCUUGCCUCUUUCUUUCGUACACACGGAAAGGUGGGGGUAGCAGAGCGUGCUGACGUCCGGUAGAUUAAAGUAGAUUUGGAUCCUGUGUGUCUGUGUGUCGGUGUGUGUGAGUGAGAGGAAGAGAGAGAGAGAGAGAGAGAGAGGGAGGGAGAAAGAGGUGUAGGGACUAGCAGCACUUAAACUGCGCUGCAGUUUGGGUCGGGUGAGCCUCACACUGAACUGAGUCAACAUCAGCCUGAUUCUGUGCGACGCUUUUUAAAAAUUUUAUUUAGGAAUUCCAUUAGUAAUUUAGCCGGUGUGAGUACUGUUGCUCUAUGGUUUACAAAUGAAGGCUGUAGAUUCUGUUGUACGUACAGCGUGCUACGCGCUCGGCGUUUAGCCUUUCGGUUUCCGUUAGCUUCGCCGCUGCGCUGGGGGUGGGCGAUGUGUUUGGGAGUAGUUCUGGAGCGGUCGCUCGGCAACCACAUAGUCCAAUGUGCUCCAAGUACAGACUCGACUCAUUCCAAGUACGGGCUUGUGACAUUCGCAAAAAGCACGGGAUAGAGACCAAGACCAAAUAGGGUAAAGAGGGGUUGGCAGCUUUGGGGUGAUGUGAAUUAAGGAGGACGUUGAAGGUGGGGGGGGGGGCGGGGUCGUGUUUCUGGAGUGGGAGGGGCGGGUUAAGGAGUCGGCCCUCUUGUUACUUGGUCCCCCUGUGUGGUGUGAUUGAACUGACCUGGUCUUUUGUUUAUGAAGGAGGAGCGGUUCCAGUGUCCCGGUUCUG